AUGCCAAACCCUAGUGUGGAAAUACCUCUUUCUGACAGAUUACGCCCAAGUUGGCGACAUUUUGAAGUCGGGGGCUUUGUAAAUGAAUUAGGACUUGCCUGGGAUCCUGUCCAAGAUCAAUUUCGAUUCUCUGCUCCAAACUUCGAUGAAAGCAACGAGAUUACCAAACGCAAGGCCUUAUCAGAAUUUGCCAAAUUAUUCGAUCCCCUUGGUUGGUUGGCUCCUCUAGUCGUUGUCGGAAAAAUGCUCAUCCAGGAUCUUUGGAAAGCCAAAUUAUCAUGGGACGAACGAAUUCCAGCAUCCAUGAUGUCAUACUGGAAUAUGUUCCGGGAGAAUGUGAAAAAAGUUCAUCAAAUCAACAUCCCUCGAUAUAUUAAUUAUGAGCCAAACAGUCAAAUAGAAUUACAUCUAUUUACCGAUGCAAGCCGAAGGGCAAUGGCCGCUGCUGUUUACUCUCGCACAUCUUCCUCUCACAAACAAAUGUCAACACCACUGAUAGCAGCCAGAACCAAGUUGUCUCCAAUUAAGAGCCUUAAUCCCUCGAAACGACCUGUUGGAAGGGUCACCAUACCGAGGUUAGAACUUCGAGCAGCUCUACUAGGCGCAAAACUGUUGAAAGCGCAGGCAGAGGUCUUAUGUAUCGAACUUAAUCACUGCACUGGUUGGAGUGAUUCCCAAGUCGUCAUUCGUUGGCUCUCGUCAAAUCAACCUGUUGGAAACGACCUAGUGGACAAUUAUAUCAGUCAUAUUCAAGAACUGUUACCAGACUUCAAAUGGCGCUACGUUCCCACGUCCGAAAAUCCAGCAGAUGUAGCCACAAGAGGCAGUGAUGUCGAAAAUCUAUCACAGCAUCCUCUUUGGUCGUAUGGACCACCCUGGCUUAAAAAAGCCAAAGACGCUUGGCCGAAAGAAUCCAUUCUUCAAUCAAAAAGUGCUCCAAUUUCCGAGAUCUCAAUUCCUAUACAAUGUCAUAUAACUCAAGCAAAUCCGACAAUUCUUGAUCGAUUUUGA